GUUGUCCAUGCCGCCGACAUCUGUCUGAGUGUUACCUUGCCCAAGAGGACCCACUGUGGGAGCUCACCACGCAUGGAGUUGGCCUCGGACCGGGCGGUGGCAACACUGGAGAUGUCGCAAAUCAAAAGCAAAGACGAUGAGCCUUUGGACAGUGACGGGGACUACGAGAGCUUGCCACCUCAUGUCUCAGUGGCGACCCACAUGACAGCGGGAGCCGUGGCUGGCAUACUGGAGCACACGGUGAUGUACCCUGUGGACUCUGUCAAGACUAGGAUGCAGAGCUUGCAGCCAGACCCGAAUGCACAGUACAGGAGUGUGUAUGAGGCUCUGAAAAGGAUCAUCAAGACAGAAGGGGUCUUCAGACCGCUGAGGGGCCUCAACAUCACCAUGAUGGGAGCCGGACCUGCCCAUGCGCUGUACUUCGCCUGCUAUGAGCGAGUCAAACGCUCACUAAGUGACGUCAUUCAGAAUGGAGGCAACAGCCAUUUAGCCAAUGGUAUGGCAGGUAGUGUGGCCACUGUUCUCCACGAUGCAGUCAUGAAUCCAGCUGAAGUGGUGAAGCAGAGGAUGCAAAUGUACAACUCUCCUUAUCGGGGACUCUUGGAUUGCGUUCGAACAGUAACGCGUACCGAAGGCAUUGGAGCCUUCUACCGCAGCUACAGCACACAGCUGACCAUGAACAUCCCCUUCCAGGCCGUUCACUUCAUCACCUACGAGCUGAUGCAGGAGCAGUUAAACCCCCACAGACAUUACCACCCUGGCAGCCACAUAGUGUCGGGCGCAGCAGCGGGAGCCAUUUCCGCAGCAGUAACCACUCCACUUGAUGUUUGUAAAACGCUGCUCAACACGCAAGAGAAUGUAGCGCUCAACUCCAUGAACAUCAGUGGCCAUUUAACAGGAAUGGCUAACGCCUUCAGGACAGUGUACCAGCUUGGCGGUCUGACGGCCUUCUUCAAAGGGGUUCAGGCGAGGGUUAUAUACCAGAUGCCUUCCACUGCCAUUGCCUGGUCGGUGUACGAGUUCUUCAAGUACUUUCUGACGAAGAGGCAGCCGGAACAAGAGGCAGGACCUGGUCCGCUGUAAUGGAAAAUGUGUGGGAGCAACCCCACACCUAGACUGAUGGAAGAAAGCUCCUGCCUGAAGGAGUAAGAGCUUGACGUGUUUUUCCCGCUGUUGAGGAAAUAACACAGAUUUUCCUCUCACAGGGGGAUGUCACCGUGAUAGAGGCGCAUCAGAGAAUAGCACUUCUUUUUGCCCAUUCUCUGAUGCAAAAAGAAGUGCCAUUCUCUGAUGCGCCUCUAUCAGAGAAUGGCACUUCUUUUUUCUCAUUUACCUAAGUCUGUGCGUGCAUGUGUGUGUGUUUUGAGUUAAGAUGAUGUUGCACAACCAGGAUAUGCAGAGAGAUGACUAUUCUUAAAAGGACGGAUAACUUAUGUAGGAGAGAGUCAUCUUCUUCUUCCUCCAUUCCACAAACGCAUCAACCACAGCUCUCCAAACUCUCUUUCCUACAUGUGGCGACCGUAUAAUUAAGUUGUCUUGAAUGAUGUUUAUAGUUCUUAAUAUUGGAACUUUAUUUAUUUUGUUAGCUUUCUGAGGCUUGCAUUUUAUGGAUGCGGAAGAAACACAAUGGUGUUUGUUUGUUUUAUUUCAUGGUGUAUUUAUAAAGAACCAUUACAACACAUUCCUUAUCUCCACUCCACGGCGGACAGAACAGUUGUGCUUUCCAAGUGCCUCAUAAAUAUUAAAUGCUACUUCACCUUUUUAUCCCCCCUCUUUUCGCACCUGUUUUUGACAUAAGAAACCUUUCCAUAUCUCAUUUUUAUGUUUUAUCAAAAAGGCAUAACAUUUUUUUAUAAGAUCAAAUCUUAUUGUGGCUCUGAUUGGCCACGUCUGUGAAACCUGAACAUGCUAAACUGGAUGGUUCUUUGGGUUUUUUUCAAUUAUUAUGUCUUCACCAAAUGGUCAGAAGCCAUUUUGCAGAUAUUCCCUUACUAUUUUAUUAGUUGUUUUUUUUUUUUUUUUUUUUUUUUUUUGCAUUAAGUGCAAAAUACCACAUUUUGCCCCCUGAGAGAGACUGUCUCUCAGCAUGAAGGUGUGUAGGCCGUAACGGUCCAGUUAUUUGCCUUGUUGAAGUGCAGUACUACAGCACUCCUGAAUCACGCACAAUAACCUGUUGCAGAAAGGAGGCAGCUUGUUUAUAUGUAUUCAGAUUCAUGAAUAUAUAUUUUGAGGGUGACUGUUUCUGAGAAAUUUCAUUAUGCAGGUCCAAAGGUGGAUCAAAUAAGGCUGUUACUUGACACAAUGGCCGUGUCUCAACCUUUAGGUGCAUUUGUACUGGUGUGAUGUUUAAAUGUGCCAUAAUGACCUUUUAAGCUAAAGGUUAUAGUUUGUAUAUAACAUAUUUUCAGAGUCUAAGUUUGGCUGAAGCUUAAAGUGCAGACUUUCCGUGAUCCAAAAUGUAACAUCAUUAUUUUAAUGUUUGUUUUGAAACUGACCUUGGGCACUCUUCGUUAUCAUGAGACUGGUAAAAUCCUGAUGAGAUCAGCUGGUAAGCAGGCAAUGCCGUUUCUUUUAUUUCCACUCGUCCUGUUGUACUUACACAUUUCCUGUGUGCUCACUGCUCUCUCCAGCCUAUUGUCUAUUUUUGAUUCAGUAGUCAAGACAUUCCUCCAGAUAUUGAUGUAAUCCACCAAGCAGCCAGAUUUAUUUGUUUUUAAUUAUGGAAGUUUUUUUUUUUUUCUUACUCUGGAAAAGUUUAGAAAGUUCCAGUGGUCUCACGAACCCCAUAGCAACAUAUUCUUCAUGCUUGUGUAGUUGGGUAACUAUUAAUAUACCAAAGACAUGCAUUGAAUUCUAUGCAUCUUACUUUGAACCUGUAGUUAUGAUGCUGCCUGCUGUGAAUGUCAUUCACCCCCACCCCAGAGUAGGGUCAACUGUCCUCAUCUCUUGAAUUGAAAUCUUUCUUUUAGCUCCACAGGCUUGUUGUCUGUGUGUGUUUGGAGCUUGAUGGUGUCAGAAAAAUCUUCUCUGCCGGAGUGUUUUUAUUUGCUUCUCUGACAAGUUUCCUUGACUACUAAAGUACCUGAGCAAAAGCAGUUAAAAGUGGAAAUUGUAAGUUAUUCUGAAUAUUUUGGAAAGGCUUGGGUAUGUUUGGAAAAUUAUAUUGUGACCUACUUUUUAUCCGAUUAGUUGCUUCAAACUAUAUAAACUACUUUAUAUUGAAUAUAGUUACAUGUGCAAUAUGAAUUUCACAUGAAUGGAGGGUGGAUGUUAAGCUUGAAUAUAAAAGUGGCUUAAUUAGCAUAGGUUCAUACAACUGUUCUAUUCUUGUCUAGGUCUAAUCACAUGGUGAGCAAAAGUAAAAUGAAGCUGUGGUGAACGCUACCUUCCCUCCUGCGUCGUUCCUUUAUCUCAUAACAGAGAAUCAGAAUUCCCAAGCUGUGUUGCAACACGUGUCCAAGUACUUUUAACAUGUUGAAGUAAUGUUUCUAAUAGAUGCUUACAUUUUAAAGGAGACGUGAGCAGAUAUGCUAUGCGAGGAUUUUCAUAAUGUAAAUAUUUUAUGCUAUUUACGCACAAAUGAUCGAAAUGGGAGAUGGGAUGAUUUUUUUUUUUUUUUCCCGCUGAGUGCCAUCUCCAGAACAGGAAUGCUUGGAAGUUUGCCCGUACAAAUAUGAAAUGAUUGUAAUAAUACUGCCACAGUAUGUAACACUGGAGCUGAAAUAAACAUGCAACUGAG